AUGGCUUUUACUGUGAAAUUCACAUGCAUAGUUUUGUCGGUUCUGAUUUUCGGUACAUCUUAUUUGCUUUGGAUCUAUUUCAGUUCUCCGUUAAAAAAGGUUCCGGGACCGUUUUUGGCAAAAUUUACAAAUCUCUGGCGUUUAGUAGACGUCUAUGGUGGUCGAUCUGAACUUACACACCAACUUCUCCAACAAAAAUACGGCCAAGCGGUGCGAAUCGGACCAAAUAUUGUCAGUCUGAAUGACCCAAAGCUCAUCCCAAUUAUAUACAGUCUCAAAGGAGAGUUUUUGAAGAGCGACUUCUACACUGUCAACGACACCAAAGUCGGAAAGGCAAUAAUAAAAAAUGUCUUCAGCACUCAAAGUAACGAAGCCCAUGCUCAAAUGCUCCGGCCAAUACAAAAGCUUUACAGUAUGGGCAACGUAUUGAGCCUGGAGCAGAGUGUAGAUGAUACCAUCAAAGCUUUCGUAGAACGACUGGACGGAAUUUUUAUCGGAUCUGGAACCGUGUGCAGGAUGGAAGAUUGGCUAUUGUAUUUCUCAUGGGAUGUGAUCUCUCAAGUGACUUUUAGUAGGCCGAUGGGCUUCAUGGAAACAGCGUCUGAUCAUUCGGGUUUCAUUCAUGUCGCGGAACAAGCACUGGAUUACUUUGGAGUUAUCGGUCAACUUCCCGCCUUAGAUCACUGGUUAGGAAAGAAUCCCAUUACGCCUAUUGGACCUCCAACCUUCGACAAAGCAGCAAUGUGGUGUGCGGAGCAAUCAAUGGCACGUCAACAGGGCACAGAUGCAAAAUUUACCGAUCGAAAAGAUAUGCUUGACAGCUUCAUCGAACUCAAAGAUACCAACCCGGAAUUGAUGAAUGAUAAUUCAAUCGUGGGCUGUCUUCUUAUCAACGUACUAGCCGGUGCCGAUACAACUGCGAUCGUUUUACGGUCAAUCAUCUACUUUACACUCAAGAAUCCUCGGGUGUACAAAAAGCUCAUCCGAGAGCUUAUUUCAGAAAAUUUGUCCACUCCAGUCAGCUACAAAGACGCCAGCAAGCUUCCAUAUAUAGGAGCAAUCGUCAAGGAAGCUAGCCGGAUUCACCCUGGAGUCGGUCUUUUACUCGAACGAAUUGUCCCCGCAAGCGGCCUCGCUCUUUCUGAUGGGACUUUCUUACCUCCCGGGACAAUAGUGGGCAUAAAUCCAUAUGUCACCAACCAAAACAAAAAUGUAUAUGGUGAAGAUGCAAGCUCUUUUGUCCCAGAACGCUGGCUUCGAUAUGAAGACCUAGAGACAGAAGAAGAGUAUCAGUCUCGCCUCUCGGUAAUGAAACAAACAGAUCUAAAUUUUGGUGCCGGCAAUCGUGUCUGCCUUGGGAGACACAUCAGCACUCUGACAAUUUACAAACUUAUAGCCACUUUGUUCUUGACAUAUGAUGUGAGUGUUUUCCCAUUUCUUGGCAGUGAAGGUUCUGACGAGUGA